ACUUGAAUACAAAAUCAUCUUGGGGAAAUCAUAACCGCGAGUUUUUUUCUUUAUUCGAAGCUCGGUAAUUUCCCCUCUUGCAAAAAAAAAAGUAACUACUAAAUCGCCUUACGUAGUCUGACAAAUGUCCGCCGAGUCUCCGCAUAUUCCAACGAUUACGUGUAAAUACACAUACAUAUACGCGAUACGUGGCAUACAGGUGAUUAAUUCCCGCCUGUCAUAAUGCAGGCUUCUCCAUAAAUAAUAUUACCGCCAUUUAUUACGCGCCUUUACGUACACCUUUACUGAAGAGAACUGAUUUUCUUGUGGUAAUAUCGCGACGCGCCGCCGCGUCCCGCGUGGCGAUCCGUAAUCCAUAGAAGAGUCUCGACGUCGCAGACGCGUCGGUGUGAGAACUCGAGUAAUUAGGAAGAAGUUGAGAUAAGGAUUUUUAUGUAGUCGCAUUUUUCUUCUUUCCGCCACGUGAACAAUCGUCCGAGCCACCGCGGAGCGAGUUUCGCACUCGGCAACAUGUUUUGUUCGAUGCGGACUUCUUUCGCCUCGCUCGUUCGCCUUAUCGUCGUUCCCGCCGGAGGCAGGAAAAACAAACGUCAUUGGCCGCAACACAUUGUAUCUUUCUUGACGAGCACGUGAAGAUGAGCGGUGAAUCGUGCACCGCUACACAAUCGCACAUGGACACGCGCCGGGAGGUCACACGGCCGGUUAUUAUGUUGCAGAUAUGGCUCGAAGGUGACACGUGCCGAAUGAUGCGUCAAAAUAAACGUUCGAGGAGAUAGAGCGGAUAGAUUUUCCGUUGUGCAACUCUAUCAUCGUGCGGAGGGAGCGGGGGGGGGGGAGGGGAGAUCUCUCUCCAAGAGAUGAGCGCUCUCAUUGACUGCAUCCAGGAGCAGGAGAAAACGGAUCAUGCGAGAUUAAAUGCGAAUAUCACGCUCAGCGACAUGGGGGAGGAUCCGAGAGGUGGUAGAUUCAACAAGUCUACGCAGAGCGAUAUCUCGCAGUCGACCUGGAGACUUCCCUGCGGUGGACAGAGGCCCAGGCCGAUGUCCUUGUAUUUGCCGACGAAGCAAAUUCCGAAGCCGAUGAGCGAGUCGAGCUUCUCCACGCACAGCUCCAGAAGCACAUUGUACCCGGUGCAAAGCGAGUUGGUCUUAUCGUCUAGAAACAGGCACAAUAACAAUAGAUACGUGUCUUUAGACAUGAGACCGAUUAACGGUCUUCCGUAUCCUAGUCUUCCGUAUCCACAUUCCAAUAAUGUCUUAGGCAACAAUAUGCCAUACACCUGUUGCUGUACAUGUCCAGGCUCGCAGAUUCCACCGCCACCGGCAUCAUUCUCGCAGAGUGAAACUGAUGACCACGAUGGACCUGAGGGUCUGUCGUGGAGGAGGCUCCACAUGAGCAGAGCGAAACUAAAAGCGACUGCAACCACAUCUGAGCUUCUCAGUGGAUUCGCAAUGGUGGCGAUGGUGGAACUGCAGAUAAAUGAACCAACGGCGGUACCGGAAUGGCUGUUCGUAAUGUUCGCCGUCUGCACUACUUUCUUGGUAUCGGUGCACAUCUUUGCAUUGAUGAUCAGCACGUAUCUUUUACCCAAUAUCGAAGCCAUAAGUAAACUUCAAGUCUCGCGUCUCAUAACGGAAUCACCACAUGAGAGAAUGCGCGGUUUCAUCGAAUUGGCCUGGGCAUUUUCCACGAUACUCGGACUGUUCCUGUUUCUAGUAGAGGUGGCUAUUCUUUGCUGGGUAAAGUUCUGGGAUUACUCCUUUACUGCCGCUACUGCCAGCACCGUGAUAGUCAUUCCCGUGCUUAUAGUAUUCGUCGCCUUCGCCGUUCACUUUUAUCACUCUUUGGUAGUCUACAAGUGUGAAAGUGCGGUGUCGGAUAUGAAGGAUCUGGAGAGUAUAAAGAGGAAUCUGGACAAUGUGACGAUAGGACAAACUAACGUAUGAAUUCAAGACAAUAAUACAACCUGUAAUAUAUAAAUAUACAUAAUCGAUUAUUUUAAAUGGAAGGAAAUGUGUUAAAGCUAGAUUAACGAAUAAAAAUAAUUUUCUGUCGGAAUGUAAAGCAAUUUGUGGCAGAAAUACUCAGGUUUAAAAUAGGUGCUACUUUUCCGUUUAAAACGCGAUAGCCUUAAUGAGAGUGACUAAUAAGAAAAGAACACUGUUGUGUGGAUUUGUUAUCAAUAACUUUACUUUUCAAACGUGACCAUAUGAAAACGGUCAGGUUUUAUUAUAUAUAAAAAUGUACAUAGCUGUACACAUGCAAAUCGAGAAUUGCAACAGUACAAGCGAGUGCUCUUUAGUAUAUUUUACCUAUAUAAUAUCCAGCAUUUAAUAAUAUCUGUGUGUAUACGGUUUAA